AUGGCGACUUAUGACGAAGACUUCGAGGAGGAGGCGGAGGAGGAGGAGGAGGAGGAGGAGGAGGAGGGGAGAGGAGAAGCGAAGGGAGAGCUUGGGAGGGACAUGAUAACGGGAGACGAACAGCUCAAGAAGAAAGCACGCGAACCUCACGACGCUCCCCGGAACCGCGCCCUGAGAGAUUCGUCAGAGUUGGUUGUCAAAAGCACAGUGGCGGGGAGAGGAGGGAAGAGGAGAAGUUACCACGAGGCAGACAGCAGCAUGGAUGUCAGUCUCAAGCAUGACCUCUCUGUCAGCUCUGUGGAAGAGGAGAGGACACGCAACGAUGCCGCCGACUUGCUCAAAGAGCCAUACUGGUCACAGGGGCUGAAACAGCGCAAAGACAGCGCCAUGCUGAUUCAGCGAGUCUUCAGAGGACACGUGUCGAGAAGGGUGUGGGGGGAAGUGAGGGAGACGAUCAGGAGGGACAGGCGAGUGUAUGAGGAGCAGCAGCAAGGGAGACCAUGGUUGCUCUACUUCCCAGCUACCAGCAAGAGAGAUCGAGAGUGGGCAAGAGGAGCGAGACGAAAUCACUUGAUAGUUCCGAUCGGAACUGUCGACCCUGUCAAACAUUUCAAGUCUGUCAGCGAUAUCAAGGAAUGGUGGCUUCACGUUCCCAUCAAGAGGAGGAGCUUGUUCGACAUCUCCCGCGUGUCGCUGCUUCCUCGCUACGACGAGAAGCCAAUGGAUCUUAUCAACGACUCUAACAUCGGACCUGGCACCUACUCCCCUGCUGCUGAGCUGAUCACCCCGCGGGUCAAGGGUGGAGUUUUCUUCAAGGCCAAUCGCUUCGAUGGAGGGUCUCUGCCGGACUUGCCAAGGAAGCAGCUCCAAUUCUCGCGCAGAGAGGAGGAGGGAGGGAGUGCAAAGAAAGAGCUUCUACCUGCUGCAGCUGCAGCAGCUGCAGCAGCUACUGAACUCAGUUCGUCUCCGGUGGCAAGGAGGCAUAUGGAGAGGUCAGAGCAGCGGAAGAGGAUAGAGGAGAGCAGAAGUUUGAUCAGAGAAGAGGAGGAGAAGCAGAUCGAGACAGAGAGGAAGAGAAUCAAAGACAUGAGGAGGACCAACGAUGAGAUGCUCCACAGGAUGAGAGAGGACCUCAAGGACGUCAAGCAUCCUCUCUACGGCUACGGCGAUCGCUUCCUCAUGUCGUUCGCUUCCCCCCGCAUCGCAGUACAUGGGGACCGAGGAUGGAGGGGAGACAAGGGGAUGUUCACCGUACAGAAGAGGAAGCACCACCCGUCCUCCCAGCCUGCAAAGAGACCCCACGGCAGCAUCACUGACCGCUCUGGCAUGUCCGACGGUUUCAAAUUUCUGCUCUCAGUGCUCGAGGAGACGAAGGAGGCGAGGCUUCAUCCCAAGCUCCCGCGAGUGUCAGAGGCUUCAAGGGCCCUGGCGCAGAAGUACAAAGGAUACGCAGAAAGAGCCGGGGAGGGGAAGGAGGGGAGGGAGGAAGGGAUGGACUGGAGAGAGCAGGAGAAGCUGAAGAUGAUUCGGGGGGCGGAGGAAGAGGUUAAGGUAACGAGAGAGGUUCCUGCUCAACAUGGAGCUGAGAGCGACAAGGAGAUGGAGGAGGGAGGACGGGGGACUCGCCCAGAGCUUGCGAGGAGUAAGGAGGGGGAUGAGAAGAAGAGGAAGGAGGAGGAGGAGGUGGAGGUGGAGGAGGAGGGCAAAAAGGGAGCAGAACAGCUCAAGCCCAGGAAGCCGGAGGCAGCAAAACCAUCCAAGACUUCCUUCAACUUCCGCAAUACGAGGAUGAUGCAGCGAGCGCUGGUGGAGGUGGACAGCAGCGAGGAGGAGGAAGAGGAGGUGGAGGAGGGAGGAGGGAAGGAAGCGAACAAGCUGGGUGACUGUUCCAGCAUCGGGUCGAGCUCGAGCGAUGAGAAGCAACUAUAUGAACAAGUUCCUGGUGGUGGUGGUGGUGGUGGUGGUGGUGGUGGUGGUGGUGGUGGUGGUGGUGGUGGUGGUGGUGGUCAUCUCGUGAUAGUCGCCGUCACCAUCCUCCAUCGGCCACGACCUUUGAGGAGUUUGAGGACAACGACGGUGUUGGGAGGACCUUUGCACCUGAAUUGA